AGUGAGCGAAGCCACCGGGAGAAGAGGAGGUGUCGUCGGCGCUCGUCUCCCCCCGCGUCUCGCCGUGUCCGAGCACCAUGGCCCGCUGAGAGUCAUGGAAGCCAAGCAGCACCAGAUCAAGAGCCUUAAAAGCUUCCCGGAGACCGGCAGCCGGAGCCUGCUGGCCGCCGCCGCCGGAGGAGGAGGAGGAGGGGACGGCGGCUACAGGGAGACGGAGAUGGAGUCCAAGAUCCAGAAAGCCAUCGACUUCAAAGCGGAGGGUCACCGCUGCUACAAGGAGAAGAAAUUUCGGGAAGCCAUCGGCAAGUACCACCGAGCUCUGCUCCAGCUCAAAGGGGUUCACGUGAAGGACGGAAGCGGCGGGUCCGAGGUGAACCUUCUGAGCCAGAGCAAGCUGACCGAGGAGCAGAGGAGAGCCGUGGAGAGCACGGAGAUCGAGUGCUACGACAGCCUGACAGCGUGCCUGUUGCAGUCGGAGCUGGUGAACUACGAGCGGGUAAAGGAGUACUGUCUGAAGGUGCUGGGUCAUCAGAGAGACCACUUCAAGGCCAUGUACCGGGCCGGCAUCGCCUUCUAUCACCUGGGUGACUACGAAUGUGCCCUGCGUUACCUGCGUGACGCUAAGAACCGCGAGCCUACAGACACCAACGUGCUGCGAUAUAUUCAGCUGACGGAAAUGAAGAUGAGCAAGAGUGGACAACGGGAGCGAGAGAGCGGCAAAGAGACCCAGGGCUAAACCUUGAGCCUCCUCUCCCCAACUGACCCCUCCGCCUUCUGACCCAGCGAGUCGUCCUGCAUCGAAUCCCUCCUCUUAUGAACUCAGUUGACCUCUGACAGUGCAGCCCGCAGACAGAAGAAACAGUGAUUCCCGGGAAACAUGAGGAGCCCUCCCCCUCCUGCUCCUCCCCUUCAGGUGCUGCGGCUCUUCUCCCUCGAUAGACAGUCAAAAAAAAAAACAUUUGAAAAAAAGCAAGGGGACGUGAUGUAAUAUAUCAAACAAUUAUUGCUGGGAACUGGAAAGGUGUUUAAAAAUAUCAUGGCAGACAACUGAUUUUGGUAAAUGUUAGAAAAAAAAAAUCUGCUUUUGUUUCCUCUCUUUCACUCUGCCUUCUCUCUUCGGCUAUUUGAGGAGAAAAAAUGGCGCCUGGGGGCUUUUGCAAAGAAAAUGGGGUGUGGUGAUGAAACGAUCCAGGGGUGUGAGACACAUAUCAAGACCAUUGUCGAAUCUGAUUGUACAUCCCACCAUGACUGGGCUCUCAGGCUCCUCAGACUAUCAAACAGAAGGGAAAUCUGUCAACGAGCAGAAAUGCCUCUUUGUUGUUCAACCGCUCCUUUAAUGGUCACAUAUCUCCAUAUCUGGACGUUCUUUUUUAUUCAAGGGCUAUUUCCAGUCUUCGUUUGACUUUUGUUUCUGUUUGCUGUGGUGGGUUUAUUUGUCAAUAGCUCCAGUGUGUGUGCAGCUUUUGCUCUUGUGGAAACUGGUGUGUUUUGUCGUCCAAAGCUCCUCCUGGGUCAGUGUUGUGUCCAGCUGCCCACUCAUGAACGGUUUGUUGAUGAUGUCACUGCGGCGGAAAUGGUCCUGUCAACAGCCAGGUGGAGCGCGUACCAAAUCAGAAGCAACUACUUUAUCAGCCAGUCCAUCCAUUUGUCACUUGAAGGUCAUGUGAGUUACAAAGAAGGGGGGAUUCGAGGGCAUCCAUCCGCCCUGAAAGCCAUUUGAGAUUUCUUCUUCCCCUUUUUUGAUUAUCUGUAAAAACAUUUGGAGACUUUGGGCUGCAUGGACUGAUCAGUAGGAUACAAGUGGCCUGUGUGUAAAAGUGAUAUCCGGUGGGUUGCACGAAAUCACAAAUCAAACUGUAUCAAGUUUUGAUCAAGUUUGAUUUAAUUCCACUUCCAGUCUAUAUCAAUCCUGACCAGCUCAUCACUGUGACUCAACUGUAACUGAGACCGCUCAGGUCCGGUAACAACACUAAAACAGCUGCACACGAUCAGUUUACAUUCACGCCACAAGAUAGUAUUAGCUGCUAACAACGCUCCUUGAGGUUACAUUCCAAAAGAGUAAAAAUAUGGUAAAGCAUAGGUCUAUAGCUAUAUUAUUUAUUGUUGCAAAAGUAUAAAUAUAUAUAUGAAUCUAACUAGGUUCAAACUGCUGUACUGUCAAGCUCAACAAGUGUUUGCCAUUGCUAGUUAUUGUUAGCGCUUGACCUGACCUGAUAAAGAAGUAAAACAUACAUUUAUUUAUGAACAUAAAUAACCCACAUUUAACUCAGAGGAAACAGGAUAUAUCUGGUCAUGACAUUAUAAGUCACACAAUCAAGAUAAGCUCUUACUUUGGAGGUCUGAAGUUAGAUUUGACGGUGUAAGAAAACAUUGCAUUGGCUUCAGGGUUGCAUACUUCAAUUUAUGGUCUGAUUUGACAUCGAAAUCUGAAUAUUUUCGGACCUAUAAUUAGAUGUAUACACACACUUAAGUACUGAAACACAAUUUAAUGAUUACAUUUAUUGGGAAAAUAAAGAGAUAUUCUUUCAAUAUAAGGUGGAAUAUAUUAAAUAUUAAUAUUAAAGCUAACGCUUAUUGAGGUUAACAGCUACUAGAAGUGUGUUAAUGAGAUUCUUAUUGUGACUGAGACUUUAAUAUGUAGGUCGCUGGAUGUCCCGGUGGACCCUCUGCUGAAGAUUCCUUGCAACAGAAAGGCCCUCAAUGCACUUGUAGAUCAUGACUCAAAGUGUGUCAUACACACUCCUCUCAUCGGGAAAAUGAAUCCAAAGUAAUUGUAAAUCCAUGAGGCUUCAGCAAUAGCAAUUCUUACUUUAAAAGAAAAAGAAAAGAAAGAACAAUCUCAAUACAUUCCUAAAACUAUGAACAGCAGGGUAAAGUAAAUACAUAGUUGAGUUCGAGGCAGACUGUAACUUACGCAUAAGACACUUGUUAUUGUAGUCUGUAGUUUGCAGGUACUUAAAAGAGAAAGAAAUGCUUUCUCCUGUACACAGCACAUUGAAUCAUCAGAUCUUCCCAAGUGAAACAAAACAUUUGCUUCUUUAUUAAUUUGCUCCUUCACCUACCGUAACUCUGAGAAGGUUGUUUUGUUUCCAUUCUGCUCCUCUAUUUGACUCCAUCAUCACAUCAUCCCAGUUUCUCAGGGGAGAAGGAUCCACAAACAACAAGGAGGAGCAGGAAUUGCGUGUUUGGUCUCCAUCGCUGGAAGUCCUGAGACGAUUCACCCACAAUCCCCUGGGGCUCUAGGUCUCCAUCCACGCUCCUCUCUCCAUGGCAUCAUUCCGCCAUUUUGUGUUUGUCAGACUCCGCUUUAAUCAUUCGGGCCCAAGAACCAGAUAAAACUCAUUCAAUGCAAAUUGAUAAAUGGCCGCCACGCAGAGGUUGUCCACUUACUGUGGAUUUAAUAUAGAGCACAAAGAGAAGUGUUUGAUGACUGGCUGUUUUUAAACUCCUGUUUUUGUUAAUCGAGAUAAAUGUUUGUCAGAUGUUUGUGAAUAUAUGGCAUAACUCUACAAAAAAGGGAACGUUUUCUGGUUGUUGAAAGCUUUACUUUAGGAGAAUACAUUAUAAACAGAGAAGUGAAAAAGAAUUUACUGGCUGAUGCUGAGCUGCUUUGUGACUGUCUGUAUUUGUUGAUAUUUCUAUCGUCCAUUUUCUUCAAAGUGGUCAUGUCAUGUGACCCCGCAGCCCAACUUUCUGUUUGUGUACAGUUAAAAAAAAACAGUGAGAAGAUCUGGGGAAACUCAGAGGAACUCCUGACUUAGAGAACGACCCAACUUCUGUGUGAUGAGAGAAGAAGACUGACAGUUUCUCUUGAGGCUUUGUCUUAUUCAAAGUAUUUAUUAUUUUUUGGUUCGUUUUUUUGUUGUCCCAUUAAACAUUCAUACACCAGAAGCCUCCAUCACUGGUUUUACUGAACUGCUAGUCCAGGAAUGCACAAUUGAUUGAAAAUAAAACGUAUGAAAUAAAGUGGAGUGAUUCUGAUGUUUUGCGUGUUGACGUUUACUUAUUUGAUUGAAAUUAUUUGUACGGACAAUAUCUGAAAUAUAAAGUAGUGUUCUAAUUUGAAGGCAUCGUUUGUUGAAAACCGGAACUUCCUUUAAAAACGCAUCGCAGCGCCAAGCUACUUGUUGAUGCUACGUUUUAAAAUAACAAGGUUAUUGGAAGAAAACAAGGUUUGUCUUCGCGGUUGAAUGCGUUUUAUUGAUUCAUAUGAUAUGUUUCUACCUUUUUAUUACUCACAUGAGUUAUUCAUUUAGCUAUUUUAAGGCUAUAAACAUACGUUAUGAUUGUUUGCUUUUGUUAUUUGUUAUACUUAUCUGCUGUUCGCAACACCAGUUCGUGACGCAUAAAACUAUGUAUUAUCGCUUUUAAUACCGCAGCUUAGUGUAUGGUGGAAAUUACCAAGAUAACGCCGGA